CGCCGGCCGUGCCGGAGGAGGAGGAGGAGGAGGAGGAGGAAGAGGGGGCGGUGCCCCUCUCCAUGGCGCCCGGCCCCGUGGGCUGCCAGCUCUUCGGAUACGUGGGAAUCGAAGCUGUGCUCGACCAGAUGAAAAUCAAAACCAUGAAGACAGGCUUUGAGUUCAACAUCAUGGUUGUGGGGCAGAGCGGGCUGGGGAAGUCCACGAUGGUGAACACCCUCUUCAAGUCCAAGGUGAGCCGCAAAUCCUCGCAGCCCGGCCAGGAGGAACGCAUUCCCAAAACUGUGCAGCUGCAGUCCAUCACCCACAUCAUCCAGGAGAAGGGGGUGAAGAUGAAGCUGACGGUGACCGACACGCCAGGCUUUGGGGACCAGAUCAACAACGACAACUGCUGGGACCCCAUCAUCAAAUACAUCAACGAGCAGUACGAGAGGUACCUGCGGGAGGAGAUCCUCAUCACCCGCAAGAGGAAGAUCCCAGACACCCGUGUCCAUGGAUGUGUCUACUUUGUGCCCCCCACAGGUCACUGGCUGCGCCCGCUGGACCUGGAGUUCAUGCGGCGGCUCAGCAAGAUCGUCAACGUGGUGCCGGUGAUCGCCAAGGCUGACACGCUCACCCUGGAGGAACGGGCAGAAUUCAAGCAGAGGAUCCAGGAGGACCUGAGGACCCACGCCAUCAGCGUGUACCCGCAGGAGGACUUCGACCAGGACCCCGAGGACAGGGCACUCAACAACAGGAUUCGUGAGAAGAUUCCCUUCGCCGUGGUGGGGGCAGACCAGGAGCACCAGGUGAACGGCAAGCGGGUGCUGGGCCGCAAGACCAAGUGGGGCAUCAUCGAAGUGGAGAACCCAGCCCACUGCGAGUUCCCCCUGCUGCAGGACCUGCUGAUCCGGUCACACCUGCAGGACCUGAAGGACAUCACCCACAACGUCCACUACGAGAGUUACCGCGUGCGGCGGCUGAACGAGAGCAACCGGCCGGGGCUGGGCCCCCUCAAUGGGCUGCCCGCCAAGGGCGAGGCCAGCAGCCACCUCUGAGCCACCCUGUGCCUCCCAGAGCACCGCUGCACCCAUGGCAGCGCCCACCCCUGCCCACCAUGGCUGUGCCAGGAACCUGCCUGGGGUGAAGAGCCCCCCCCGCAGGAGUGCCCUGACAUGGGUCCCUCAUCCCCAAGCUCUGCCGUGGGCACAGACCCCCAGACCCUGUGUGACAUUAAAGGUUAAUCCAGAGCCUUCAGCCUUCAC